AUGGCCGAGAAAGUCGCCACCGAAAGAUUCAUGAGGGAAGCGGGCUAUAGAAUUAGUCUCGCCAAUCAACGGCAGUGCCGUCUUUUCUGGAAAAGACUAUUCGACAUACGAAACGCUGGUGUCGAUAAGAUCCUUCUAUACCGCACAAAGGAAUUUGACCGCUUCUGCAGGAGCUAUUCAUUAGAGGCCGGGUCUUCUUUGAUCGAAACUAAGAGCGAGUGGCCAAGGAAAGCAAGGUUUGUGUCACUCAGGAUUCUUGGAAUUGCGCUGUUAACCCGUGGUUCUCGCACUAUCUUUCAAUUGAGUGGAUCGUACGAGCCAUCGGCUAAAGCGCUUGGUGGGUUCUUUGACUUAAGGGCAAAUACAGAAGCAAUGCGAAACAAGUCUAUAUUUGUCACACUUCAGCCUAGGAAAGAUGUUUUUCUUACGGGUUGCCCUAUUAUAUCAGUCCAAGAGGGAGAUACCCCCGGGUUAUUUUCUGGAGAGAUCCGGUACUCUUCAGACUAUAAUACCGUCUACGGUAUACCUAGCCCCGAACAAAAUCUUUGGUUAGAUUACUCCAGAGUCACUAGAGCCCUUAACUUAAUAAGG